AUGCCCCUGCGGCCCGCGGCGCUCACCAGCAGCAUGCUCUAUUUCCAGAUGGUGAUCAUGGCAGGGACGGUGAUGCUGGCGUACUACUUCGAGUACACGGACACGUUCACCGUGAACGUGCAGGGCUUCUUCUGCCACGACAGCGCCUACCGCAAGCCCUACCCGGGCCCGGAGGACAGCAGCGCCGUGCCCCCCGUGCUCCUGUACUCUCUGGCCGCCGGGGUCCCCGUGCUCGUGAUAAUAGUUGGAGAAACUGCUGUGUUUUGCCUACAACUGGCCACAAGGGAUUUUGAAAACCAGGAGAAAACUAUUUUAACUGGAGACUGUUGCUAUAUAAACCCACUGGUGAGGAGAACUGUACGAUUUCUUGGAAUUUAUACAUUUGGACUGUUUGCAACAGAUAUCUUUGUAAAUGCUGGACAAGUUGUCACAGGAAACCUGGCUCCCCAUUUUCUUGCCCUGUGUAAACCCAACUACACGGCGCUUGGGUGUCAGCAAUAUACGCAGUUCAUCAGUGGGGAAGAAGCCUGCACAGGCAACCCAGAUCUCAUCAUGAGAGCGAGGAAGACAUUUCCAUCCAAAGAAGCGGCUCUCAGUGUCUAUGCAGCUAUGUAUCUGACAAUGUACAUUACCAACACAAUCAAAGCCAAAGGAACAAGACUUGCUAAGCCCGUUUUAUGCCUAGGCUUAAUGUGUUUGGCCUUUCUUACUGGACUCAACAGAGUUGCAGAAUAUCGAAAUCAUUGGUCCGAUGUGAUAGCAGGCUUUCUGGUUGGAAUAUCUAUAGCAGUAUUUCUUGUUGUAUGUGUGGUAAAUAAUUUCAAAGGAAGACAACCAGAAAAUGAGCAUAUACACACGGAUAACCUGGCACAGAUGCCAAUGAUAAGCAUUCCUCGAGUAGAAAGUCCUUUGGAAAAGGUAACAUCUGUACAGAACCACAUCACUGCCUUCGCAGAAGUCACAUGAUAUUGAAGCAAAUGGUCUCUCACUGCAUUGGACAUCAUCCCUUUUCACCAUCCAUUCGUAACACCCAAAGUGUGUUUGAUGACAAAAAAGGUUUAUAAAGUUGUCUAAUCAUUUUUAUAAUUUAAAAAUCAGUGUCAACUUAUCUGUUUCCCCCACUAGACUGUGAGCUCCUCAAGGGCAGGACUGUGUCUUUCUCCUCUGUCUCCCCUGCACCUACAACAAAGCCUCACACAGAGUAGGUAGGUGUUCAAUAAAAAAGUGAUGACAAAAAUUAAUUCUGAAAUAAAACAUUCAUUUUAAUUUCUCACAGAAUCACUGAGACUAAGUGAAAAGAAACCUCUACACGAGUCAUAUUUGUGUGAGAAGUCCCUCCACUUUGAGCUAGUUAAGCUUUUUAAUUUAUCAUGUAUCUUCUAUUUGGCAGCAUACCAUAUUUCAUUCGAAGUGGACUUUGAAAGUCAUGGGGGUUUUUAUUUCAUUAUUCAGCAUGACCUUAUUUCCAUUCUAACAGAUUUCAGUGUGUGAAAUUACUUUACUUUUAGAAAGUAUGUUCUAUACUAAAAUAAUGUUUGCACAUAAUAUUAUGCUAUAUUUCACUUAAAAUACCAUUCAUACUAUAAAUUCUAAGACUGGUGCUUCUGCUUUUGAAGGUGAAAAUGCCAAUUUUUACUGUAAUAAGUAAUGUAUCAUAAUUAAAAAUUAUUUAUUUGGA